UCACAACCUAACAACACAAAUAUUACGAUUACACCAAAAGAAGCUAAAGUUGGUGAAUCAGUUAACAUAACGUGUGAAUCUGAAGGUCGUCCUGAACCAAGGUACAACAUAACCAAUAAUCGUAUCGUGCUCACUACUGAUGAGCUCUAUACCAUAUCUGAAGCGAAGUUGAGUGAUAAUGGAACAUAUGAAUGCAUUGCAUGGAAUAAACAUGGAAAUGAUUCCGAUUCCGAUAUUUUAACCGUAGGUAAGAUUAGAUUUUUUACUUUUUGUCCAUUCUAUUCUUUGCGAAAAUACACGUGGGAGGAACACGAAAACGAAAAACUGGUAGUAUAGUAUAUACAUGGGGGUGAGCAGUAAUAUGCAACAACAACAUAUUUAUUUAUAUUCAUUAUAAAUAAAAUAAUAAAUAUAAAUAAUAAAUAAUAUAGAUCAGGAACUAUAGUUUAAAGGGAUAUAUGGCAAUAAAAAUUAACUUUGUCUUAUUUGAAAGAACUUUUACAGUUAUAUAUGAAGACUUUUUACAACUUUUUCGUACCUUGCUUGGGUUUCGAAAUAUUUUGACCAGAAGCAGUGUGCAGUCCACCAUCUUGGUAUUAUAAUUGACCUAAUUAACUGAGUUUUUGGUGACGUCGCAAGCAGGGUAAACUUGUUAAAACCUCUUCAUGUGGGACUAAAUUUCGUCGAAAAUUUUCUUGAAAUGUUGUGAGUUAAUUGAGUACUACAAAUACUUCGGAAAAUGGAGUUUCGUAUUGAUAAUGACAUGUGGUUUGCAAGAUAAAAAUUUCGCUUUUUACCCUACUUGUGACGUAUCAUAUCGAAUGCAUACAUAGACGGAUUUUCAUAUUUUUUGCUGGGGUGGUGCCAGAAAUUUUAGGGGGGUGAGCCGUGAGCAGGUUACUGAAGCAACACAAAAUGUCACCAAACCCCAAUAAGGUCUAUAUUCUAGGGGUGGAGCACUAGAACCGCGAGGGGGAGUCUAGAGAGAAGAAAACAAAGUAUCCCAGGAAAAAUCUGAAAAAAAUAAUGAUUUCUAGCUUCGAAAAAAAAUUUUUUUUGAAAUUGUCAAUUUGUCAUAUCAAUUCAUGGAUUUGGCAUGUCCGAUUGUCUGUUGAGACUUGAGAGAGUUAAAGACUUAAAGUUAAAUGAACCUAUAAAAGUGUAAACCCAAUAGGCCAAUAGAAAAUAUGCUUUUACCUUUAUAAAGUCAUUGACAUUGUUUUGUUUGAAUUCGAGUACAAUUUAUGAUGCAACUCCGAUGUAAAUAAUAUUUGGGGCGUAAAGAUUAAAUCUAGGCAAGUCUAUUUCCUAAAAGAAUUAAACACUAAAAAUAAUGUUCGUAAAAAUUCCAAACGUUCCUUGCGUGCAAGCUAUUCGCAUGACAAGGCAAUGUAAACUCUAUUCAGGGGAGAUAAUAGAGUUUCAAAACUUUACAAUUUCUCCAAUAAACCAGUGAAUGCAAGCGAGGAGCAAUUAGUUUCAGAGAGUUGCACUUUUUCUGUUUGAGUGUACUCCUACGUUUAUUUUGUAUCAUGAACACUCUCCACGUUAGAGUGGACUAUUUAAUUAUUUAUUUAUUAUGGCAAAUAUUGGGGGGGGUUGAAAAUUUUUUGGAGGGGUGGACAUUUUGUUUGGGGGGAUUAUAGCUAAUAUUGGGGGGUAGCACCCCCCUGCACCCUCCCAGAAAAUCCGUCUAUGAAUGCAUAUCCAAGAUGGCGGAAUGCACGCUUGAGAAAAAAAAUGAGUCGAUUUAUUUCGAAAACCAAGCAAGGCAGAAAGGCAGAACAACCGACAAUUUAAGAAAAUAAGCUAAAAAAUAGACAUUCUAAGCGUAUACAUAUAUUUGCAGAGUGAUUUGAAUAGCUCCUGUGAAAAACUGCAUUCACAUUUUGCUAUUCCUCCCGAAAAUUAAAAUGACACGGAACAAUUGAAAUUAUCACUUUAUUAUAAUACAUGUUGGAUGUUAAAGGUAAAUAUUAUACACAUCUGAUUAAAAGCUUGUUAAUCAUCAGAGAGGGUCCAUAAUAAUUAAUAUAUGUGUUAAACUUCAGCAGUUAACACAUUUAGAACGGCUAGGAGCACUAACAACACUGUGAGCCAGUUACGUUAGCGUCUUGUUGCAAAACAAAUACAAAACAUUAAAACAUAUGUACAAUUGCAACAUAGUCCAUGUUAUACGAAGCAGAGAGCGCAUUGAAGUUUGUAAUAGACCAAAUACUGAAAUACUAAAUAAAGGUUAAAGUCCCCCCCCCAUUUUUAUGCAUUACUUGAAAGUACAUUGAAAAUGAUUAAGACCUUAAUUAACAAUUUAUUCACAGGCUCGUCUCUUUCUCAAAUUAUCGGGCAUUUUGUAUUUUUGUGUUAUGACAUCACUGGUUGUGCUUAAGAUAGCAACAAAGAGAAGAAUUUGAUACAAUUAGCAGCUGCACCUAUGUGUUUGUAACAGCAACACACUAGUUGCCUGGUCUCCUUCUUAUUUUAGUAAUGCCUGCGGUAGACACUUUAUUAUUUAAUUCAGUAGUUUUACUAGUUUAUAUUCAACACAGCACCUAUAUGAACGGUAGUAAUAAAUGAAAUCACAAAAAUGUUCUUCUUUUUUGUUGGAAGCAAAGAAUUAGACAAAUUGGACAGAGAGACCUGGUAACUAGUGUGUUGCUUUGACAACCACAUAACCGUUCGAAAAUGAUUAAUUUGUGUGUGUUGGUGUAAUAUACACAGGUGAAUAUGAUGUUUGUGAUGUUACUCUGAGUGUGCAUCCACACCGGGCAAGCUGAAAAGUUAGCACAAACAUCGUUCGAAAAUGUUUGUUUAGUGCACUUACUAACUGAACAAAAUUUCAUUUACUUUCGUUGAAUCACUUCUGAGAUAUCAGACUUUCUUCUUAUUGCUGCAACCUUAUGCACAACCGAUAAGUUUGGAACGAGAUGAGCUGUGAAUAAAUCGUGAAGGCCGUAAUUUUGAAUAAUAAUUAUGAAGGUACAUGUGCAAACAAGUGUUACGUGCUCUUUAACAGGUUGUGGGAAUAUAGAUUAGGUAGAGCGAAAAUGGGUUGGCAGAUUACAGCAAAACAGUUGUCGUAAAAGCUCGAGCUCCAUACACAUUGCGGUAGUCUGUGGACUGAAAACUUGUGAGAUAUAUGCAAGAUGAGAUCUCACAAGUGUAAGGUAGAGACACCGCCUAGACUUAACAUUUUUUACCUUGGCAGUUGAGCGUUUAAGUAUACCAAGUAUGUGAUCGGAUGGCCGUACUGACCUGCUCGAUAUGUGAGUACCAUCUGAGCCAUAACAUGUAAGAACAUUAAGCUAGUAACAUGAGGUCCAAUGUCAGACCCAUAACAUUAAGCUAGCUAGUGACAAUUAGAGAAUAUACCAAUUAAGAGACCAAAUGUGUGGGAACACUAGAAGUCUAGAACUUUGAGUCUUGGCCAAUCAGAGCUGAUAAAUGUUUUUCAUAUAUAGUAUUAACCCAUUAUAGUAUUUAUCAUGGUGGUCAUGACCCUACUCUUGGCGAGUAAAAUUGUCUGUUGUUAGGCAGAGUAAAAUAACAAAUUUUUAUAACAUAACAAAUGCAUUGGGGCGUAUUGGGGCUUAUUUGCUUAAAGAAGGAAACCCUUACUGUCAUAACUUUCAUUUAUUUAUUUAUAUUUAUAUUUUUACGAUAAAGAAAAAGAUGGAGAUGACGAUAAACAUGACGAUGACAAUGAUCUGAGCAUUGGUGCAAUUAUUGGAAUAGUUAUUGGUGCGUUGGUGUUAGCGGUCAUUGUUAUUGUUGUGGGAUGGCGCUAUAAAUCAAAAGAAAGUAAGUGUAUUUCAAAUAGGAGCUUCAGCAACCUCGUUCGCAGGCUCUUCCCUUUUGUGGUGGAAAGACCCUGGUCGGGGCUGGUCACGUGAUCCAUAGAAAAUUGAUAGCCUAAGAGGGGGAUGGAAAAGUAUCAAAUUACAUGUUUCCACUUCCGCACUUCACACGUCGAUUGCAAGGAGUGACCGUUCUGUACAACUGUAGAUUCUUAUAGCAACAGACAAGUCAGGAAAUCAAGCAAUGAACACGUAUGAUCGUAUGCUUUGAAAUAUUUGCUCAGUCUUUUAUUCUUUCGGGCGCGUACGUUUCCGUUCUGCCUCUAGUUCAGAUAUUUAUAAUAUUGUUAUAAUAUGCCAUUGAAUUGUUGUCAUUUGGAAACGGUAUAAACUUUGCAUUGCUUUACUUGUUAAACAGAGGUCUCAAAAGCGACUGUGUUGGUCGUAGCGCCUUGCCUGUUGGUGUUACAGCAAACGUUGCACAUUUGGCACUGGCCAACAAAUAGAUAUUGAAUGUCCAUUCUAUUGAUUCUAAAAUCGUUUAUACACAUAGUGCUCUAGAUUUUUUUAAACUGAAAUAGGUUAUCAUCGUCUGCAUUUAUAAACACCAGGUAGGAAGGAGUGUUCAUAUAAUAAUUUUCCUUUUUUGUCUGCACGAGCACCUGUAUGUUGAAGCCAAAAUAUUGCACCACCACUUCUAUAUAAUUCUAUAACCAUUCACCCUAGCCCCUUGAAUGCAAAGGAAUGAUAGCCGAUAAGGUUUAUCACUUUAUCAAAGUAUUUUUUUAUUAUAUCUGGUAUAAAGUGUCCCUACGUUUGAUCAGGGAUACAUAAUUCAUAAACUGUAUGUGUGCACGAAGUCUCGCUCAUAGUCCAUAGAAUUAUUUAAUGAGUUUUUAUAAGCCUUUUCCAUUGAUAGAUAGGUUGUUUUCCCCCAGUAUCGUUUGGUGAAACUUCCAAAAGGUCCAUCACAGUAUAUGAUAAAGAUUAAGGUUGAUAAUGAUAUAAAUAUCGAUGACCCACAGGCACAGUGGCAUGAUACAAGUCGAGAGAAGCUGGAUUUUAAGCCGGGUUACUGUUCCAGGAAAGCCCAAUGGGGCAAUGGCAAUGCCAAUGAAAGGUCUUUACAAGAUUUAUAAUGUGCCUGCUAAUAUGAAAUAAUUUACUAUAAAGUACAAUUCCAGUGUCUGUUGCAUGUUUCGUCCUAAAUAUUCAAGUUGUACCGCGCGCACGGAAACACACGGAGGAGCUUUGGCGUUCGUAUGAUGAUAACAGAUAGCUAUAUUUCGUCGUAAUCAUUCUUGAUCGUUGAGUUUCAGCAAUGUAAAUGCAGGAAUUUUACAGUCCAUAACGGGUUUUAAUCCUGUGCUUUCACAGUCAGGAUACACCGUAGCAUUGUUUACACACAGUUUGCGAUGUUUCAUGUUUAGGAAAUCAAAGGAUCCCGUUAUAAAAUAAAUAUUUUGUGUUUAAAACCGGACAGGAUACACUUCGACUAUAAACAACCAUAUCGUUCGUUUGGUCGAUCAGUCCGUGUAGAAGAUAUGUAUGUUUCUACGGCGAACCUGCUCAACUAGUCGCAAACCAGGCGCGCGUGAAGUCCUUUCAUUGCAAGUGAAAUAUGAUCCAGUUUCUCGCUUGAAAUGUACCGCAACACUUAUUAUUGAUGACAUUCAGUAUAGCAGGAAGUCGUGUCAUGAUGAAAACGAAUUUAGAACAUUUCCUUUCACGAUUUCUUGUUGCAAAUUACUUUUUUAUCACCCGAAACUAUAACACAUAAAAUUGCAAUUUUCCAAACGCAACAAAUAGACUCCUCUACUACCUCUCCCUGAGAUCAAUUUCAAUUACCACGCGAAAUCUGCGGGGUCACGUGACCAGCCCCGACCAGGAUCUUUCCUCCACAAGAGGGAAGAGCCUGGGAACGAGGUUGGAGCUUCAGUUCAAUCAGUGAUAAGGACAUUUGCUGUGAUUUUUGCUACUAAGAAGUUUUUAUAUAGACACCGAGCGAAAUUGUCAGUUAUAGAGUUCAAAACGUCCGAUACACACUGCCAGGAUGAAAGUACAAAGAGAUUCUGGCCCGAGCUAUGUUCAAAAACUGUAAACGCAAUUAAAUUGUCGCGGCAAGCGGGAUGAAAUUUUCUUAUAUAAACACAAGUAAACUUCAUCUUGCUUGCCAACCUGUCUCGGUAAUUACUGGUUCCAUAUGAACACCACCAAGUUUUUCGUUAUGUUGUUUUGCUGUCUCUUAUCUCCUGUUAGAACGAGGAGUUUUCAACUUACCCGCAGAACGUGGGCAUAUAGAAUAUGAAUUUCAUGCUAUGCAUGUGUGGCAAAAGAUUUACAAGCAACAUUGCCACUCGUUAUUUAUUAUUGUCUUAUAUACACGAUAUGCGCAGCCUUUCGUGUUGUAUUUAGACCAUGUAUUAUAAUAUAUUUUUAUUAAUAACCCAUUCCUUGACUCACUGCUUUUAUAUUUUUUUAAAUUUGUUAUUUUAGAAGACGGUUAUAGGUAAGCGAAUAUUUUUGUUUAUUAAAACUUUGUUGUAAAAACAUUUUGUUAGAAACUGUAUCAUCCCAAUAUAUGUUCAGUGCAUGACUGUAUCUUGAGUGUCAUCCAUAAUUAUUGACAUGUUCACAUGCCCGGUAAAUUAUAACUACCUUGUAUAUGAACAUGUUUUGUAAUUGGUUUUCUAAAACAAAAGUGAUCAGUGUUGAUGAUUCGUUCUUUAGAACUUUGAUUUCGACAGUUUAUUGUCUUUUGUCGUAAUCAAUCAGUUCAUCCAAGUGGGUACCGACCUCACAAGCCACUCAUCAUGGGUCUAUAUUUUUCAACGUUUUAAAAAGCGCGUACAUCUGUCAUUAAUCUAAUAAUGUUUUUAAACCAAAUUCAUCGCCAUAAUCACAGGGCACAAACUUGUGCUGGCUGGUUAAAUUGUUGUCAUUUAAUUGGAUAAUUAUUAUCACGUGAUUUUUGACAGAUGUUUCCAUUUUACUGGAAGGUUCCAUCAUUGCACGCCCUUGCUGCGCAUUGUUUGUACUAUAUCUUAAUUCUUGGAAUGUUCUGAGUUUGUAUCUCAUGAAAACAUUCUUACCAUUCAUUAUUUGUACAAUACCUGUUGCUGUGUUAUUAUUCGCCGUAAGUUCUAUAAGAAGAGUUAAGCCAGAUGGCGGAAAUUGACGCCAAACUGUAUGAGAUCGUAAACCGUUUUAAUGUCAUUUUUACCAGCAAACAGAUUGUAAUAAACCAUAGUAUAGUUAACUGCGCAGACAAAAACCAGAGUGCGAUAAUUCAAAAUUUUUAGUGGUACCUGACUGGUAGUACAAAUUUAAGAUUUAAGGUAUACUUAGUCUUUAGAAUGAAGUACAUAUAUUGAACAGGUUUCCGAAAGGUAUUCAUUCAGUAACAUGAAACUAGUAGUUCGAUACACAAACACUAUGAUUGACUCUAACAUUCCUUAGUCCCAUCUCAUCAUAUCAGUCUAGUCAUGUUUAAUGCCAAGUCAUGCUAGACUUACACAUAUAAUUUCGACUAAAUUAUGGUCUUGAAUAACUUGGGCUUGGAAAGGUCAAAUGGUACGAGCAAAAAGUUGAGUACGCAGAUAACAAGAGUACCGCGUACCUAUACGUGGUACGUGAUUGAAAAGACAGAAGUACCAGACCGUAAUAUUGACGUACCUGCGGUACGUAAGUACGCGAAUUAUCGCACCCUGCAAAAACAAUAGAAAGAGUUGGCACUGGACAUCAAUUUCUGUCAUCUAUGGCUUCAUUUUUGGACGCGAGUUCUUAUACUCCAGAAAUAUUUACAGUGUAUGGAGCUAUUAAUCGCUGGACGCGCCAGCGGUUGUAGUUUUCGCCUGAAAUUUGUAUUGUACAUCCAGACACGAAAUGUAAAAUUCGGCUGAGCUCAUAGUUCCGCUGGAUAGAGAACUGAACGUUAUUUAAUUAACAUGCAUGCGAAUUCUUACUACCGCAAAAAGGGUGAUACAAAUAUACAGUACUAUAUGGAAGCUUUAUAAGUGACUACAAUGAUUGAUGUUCGAUGUUUAUGUCAUCCAUUCACAAUUUACCCAUGGCCAUGCUAUUCAUUUUGUAGUGCCACACAUAAACACAUUUAAAAGUGUUUCUUUCCAUAGCCCCGGCGUUAUAACGCUUCAUAGAUCGUCUUGUUUUAGUGGAAAUGCGAACGUAAGCCCAGGCGACAGCGCUGGAAUCCCUGUAAACCACUACGAGCUAAAUGAAGAACCUGACGGAGGAGUUGACAAUGCUUACGAUACUGUGAACCCCUCCGAAGCGUCCGGAAGUAAGAGCAAACCCCCCGAAGAAAAUACUCCCUCCUCUGUUUAUGCCGCUGUGGACAAGGGCAACAAGGAUGGAAAACCGGUAUGUGACAGUUUUAAUUUUAACCUGAGUUAUGACCAAAACUGCCGAUGCUUCCUCUUGCCCGAAAAAACGUGUCUUGUUUUCGUGUCGAAAUAUUAAGAAAUGCGACUACAUGGCUACGCCUACUACAGUAGAACCCAGCUAUCUCGAACAGCCAUGGGAAACAGGGUCUUAGCUAGGAUUUUAGAUCUUGGGCGUGUUUCUAAUGACCAGGGCGUGCACAUGUCAAUUACUCUGAAUACCAAAAUAAUGGCUCUAUAGUUAUGCUCGCCAACAACAAUGCCUGUGGUUGUUCUAUGCUUUGCAACCAAAUACAAGGCGAGCAUACGCUCAUAUUGCGCACUGACAAUUAAGUUAUUUCAACAACUAUUGGGGUAUUUAAAACCAUUUUAACACCAUACAGUUCCCAUUAUCCAUCAAAACAUUAAAACAUCGCGGAUCACUUUUGCCAAUUCAACAACAACAGUAGAUUCUACAAACUUUCUUGACGUAAAUAGGAAGAAAUUCUGUCUGUUGUAAGUAUAGCACCACCUUAUUUUAUUAACCUAUACACGGCCUUAUAUAAAUAGUGAAGCCGCGUUAAUUUUAUCUAGCCGUGCUUUUGCACUUUUGGCCGCGAUAACACGGCCAACACGGCCCUCUAGCUAAGACCCUGAUGGGAAACAAAAAAAGUUUGAGAUAACGGAGGUUGGAGUAACCUGCUCGCAGCCCGAACGAAAUUUCGGGCUGCCAGCAGGCUAGGGUUGGAGAUAACCGAAUCAGUUUCGGACUACAAAAAAUAGUUAAUAAUAUUAAAUAAAAUUGACGUGGUUGUGCAUGAUCCAUGAUUUACCGAUACGACUUUCAUUAUUUGAAGUAUACAAUAAACAAUGCCAAUGCAAUUUAUUUAAUAAGUAUAUGUUGUUCGUAUUUUAUACUGAAGGAGUGCAUUCUUUCGUAUGGUCUGUUUUAGAGUUCGACUUCACCAGGUAAAUUUGGUCAAAGGAAGCAAAAUUACUAUUUAGCGGGGUGUUCGAGUAACCGAUUUCGAGAUAACCGAGUAAAAAUUAUUGAAGUAGUAUUUGACCAAUUCACUGCAUGGAAAUGGGUUUAAGUUCGGGAUAACGGGGAGUUCGAGAUAAGCGAGUUCUACAUAAUGGGGUUGUACUUUAGUGCGAAAAUGUCAAACUAUUUUUGUAACAGCUAAUUUUAGCACAAUUUCUCGCCGACCAAUGAGAUGCCGCCAUUUCCAAAUUGACGAUUUCACCUCGUUAGGAAUGUAGUCGCAUUUUUUAAUGUUUUGACACGAAAACCACGCGUUUUUCGGGCGAGAGGAAGGUCCGCGGUUUUAGUAAGAAGCCUCUUGUUGUAUAUCGAGGAUAGGAAAUUUACUUAAGUAGGGCAAUUGCCUGUGUUCAGUGGCAGAUACAAGGUUUCAUCUUUACAUAACUGGGGCCGGUUGUACGAAAGCCAUUUAAGUCACUAUCCACCGUUUAACUUGCUAUACGCCGGAUAAAAUUUAAACACUUGAUAGUAACGGCUAAACGCCGUUUAAGUUAAACGGCUUUCCUACAACCCGCACUGUUAAGCCUAGUUCUCAUUCAUCGCAAGCUGUCGGCGAUGGGAGCUUUGCGACGUCGGCGACCGCGUGCGAUUUAUGAGAACACAUCAAAAAUUAUAUCGCCGAUUGCCCGUGAUCGUCGCCGACCAUCGGCGAUGACAUCGCAGGAAACAAAAAAGUUUGUUUCUUGCGAUCAUCCACCUCAACAAGCAAGGAAAUAAUCAACUGAAGUUUGACAGAAAUCAUGAACUUUACGUUGAACGGGGCCAUUUUCUGCCUUGGCGGGAAAUUUCGAAACACAUCGGCUGUCAUCUGCGACGAUCACCGAUGUAUGAGAACUUUCGUGCAUUCGCGAUCGGCGAGCAUCGGCGAUAAGCGUCGCCGAUUGUCGGUGACAGUUUGCGAUGAAUGAGAACUAGGCUUUAAGGCUGCCGUUCAGCUAACGUCUUCCAUGUAAUAUUUCAAAUCCGACUAUGAGAACCAACCUCGUUCUCAGGCUUAUACCUCUUGUGGAGGAAAUACCCUGGUAGGAGCUGGCCACGUGAUCUGCUAAAAUCUAGCAGAUUUCUAAUUAACUAUCUUGGAUUCCUUUAAAAUCAAGUCAAAGUUGCAAAGCAAGUUAUAAAUUAAAGUAUAAAUAUCAAAGAUUUAUCAACAUUAUCAUCAUCAAUUAAAAUCUGCUAGAUUUUAGCAGAUCACGUGACCAGCUCUUACCAGGGUCUUUCCUCCACAAGAGGUACGAGCCUGGGAACGAGGUUGUAUGAGGACUGGGCUAGAUGUCAAAUUCGCGCAAUUUGAAAUUUAGUCCAGUCCAAAUUGGAGGAUUUGAAAUGACAUCUCAUACGAAUAAAUCACUACGUAAAGUGAGGUGAAUUAAUUUUGAUCCAGUCCAAGGACUGAAUUAAUUUUGAUCCAGUCCUAGGACUUAGAUCAAUACUCUUCACCAGGUUUCCAGUACUAUCAUGUGAGCAAAAUAAAGCAAUAUGGUUGGUAGACUUGGUUCAAGUCCGUCUGAGGAGAAAAGUAGGGAGAGACGGACUUGAGACGUUUGCAAAUUUGUUGUUGUUCUCAACUGGCAAGUCACGCCUCCGUAGGAAAAAUCCGACGGUAAAAUCUGGCGCGCUUGCAGGGUAUCCAAGUCCAUAUUUUCCUACUUUUCUCUCAUAUUUUCGCGCCUUUUUUGACCUCUCGCGUGCACGCUAUUUUCAACCCCUUGGGAAACGGACUUGAACCAAGUCUAUAUGGUUGGCUAAUUUACUCAUGUUAUUAUUAAUGAGUUUGAGGUAUCAUUUACAUUAUACUAAUGAAAUUACUAAAUAAAUAAAAAGACAGCAUUUGGUUUUCUGCAUUAUUUAAUGUGUAUUUGUUGAGGUAGUUAGUAUUCAUAUACAAUUUAAUAAGGUUUAAACUUUUCCGUAAGUACACGAACGUAUGCAAAGCGCUCAACUGGAAAGCAGCCUUUAGGCCUGUUGUUGGAGCUCCAUGGUACGGGAUUUACUUUUGUUGGAUAUUUUUCCUGUGUGGAUAUUUUUCCUGUAGAAUGUGGUUGACUUUGUGGUUGACUUCAAAGGUUUUUCUCCGGACCUUCGCCUUUCCUCCCUUGCCAAAAAGUGACCUUUAGGGGGACCAUUAGAUAUUCUAGGAGAGUACGAGAGGUUCGGAGCUUUUGUCGAACUUUUUCUUACAGUGUAGAAGGUGUGCGGAAAUUUUUCCACAUAUUUCUUUAUAUUCCAUGUAGUUGCAGGAAUUUUUUCUUUCUCCAUUUGCUUGCAUAAUUUUUUUCAAAUUCCACCCGUGAAUUUUUUUGGAAUACGCUAUCUCUCACCCCCAUUACCCCCCUCCCAGGAUAUAUAAUGGUCCACCCCAUGUGCCAUAAUUCACGACCCCAUUAGCGUCAGCCCGGUAUGGUCUGACGGCCUCUUAAACCCUCUAUUGAAAACGAGUAAUUCUUAGUUCUCAAAAGUGACUUAUUCUUUGCAGUUAUAUGCAACGCUUGACUCACUCGCGCUACAAUCAGAUAAUUCGAAAAAGAAACGAGAUGAAGAACGCGCUGGACAAACUGAGUAUGCAAGCAUCGACUUCGCUAAGGUUGGGAAGGUUGACGAAGAGUGA